AUGUACAAACGGGCGCUCUUUUUUGCAGCGAUUCUCGCAGUCAGCCACUGCGAAGAGAAGCCAUAUAAAACCCACCAUUAUGUCGAUCCAUUCGCUCUACUGGAUCGGCACCUGUCACACAGCCUCACCUACCUCUGGCCCUGGAGUCACCUAAUCAGAGCAGCAGCGGCCCUCGAACUAGAAGAUACGCUAGAAGACCCACAGAUAAUCUCAGACUCCGAACAGUAUUUGGUCAGAUUAAGCGUGCGUAACUACAAACCAGAUGAGCUGAAAAUUAAGGUAAAGAAUCGGUAUAUGAUUGUAGAAGGAAAGCACAAAGUGAAGAACGAAGAUGACAAGAGAUACAUAGCGAACCACUUCAUGCAGAGGUUUAUUCUACCUCCUGGCACUAAACAAGAAGAAUUAAAAGCUGUGCUAAACGAAAAAGGUGUUCUCUCUAUUUCCGCUCCUAAACACGAAUUACCACCACCACCUCCAGAGCGAGAGGUCCCAAUCGAAGUUAUUAAGAGUGAGGUACAAACCACAGAUAAAGAAGAAAAAGACACUUCAUCAUCACCUUCGCCGACACCUCUAGAACUCGAAGUGGAAGCGACAACACACAUUGGCAAAAUUAGAAAGAAGGAACUAAAGACAACAACAAAGACGGCAAAGGACAACGAAGUGACAAAAGGUGGUGACGGAAACGGAAUAGACUACGCGUUGAUUGAGGCAGACGAGUGA